AAUGUUUCUUUGUUAUACUAAUGAAGGGGAAAGCAGAAUCCAGUCAGGCGUGUAAACAGAUUGAUUUAGAAGCAAAGAUGAACUGGGAAGACCUAAAGAGUGAAGCAGUUAGCAAUGUGAAAUUAAUUCAGAAGAAAGGAUUCUUGGAUGUAUUUGAUAAUGCAGUUAUUUAUUAUAGAGAGGUUCUCCCACCUACAGAGCCUAUUAAAGGCAACCUUUUAUUUCUCCAUGGAAUGAAAUUUAAAUCAUUGACAUGGCAAGACUUGGGUACAUUAAACUACAUGGCUUGUCAUGGUUACAGGGCUGUUGCUAUUGACCUGCCAGGGUAUGGCGAAUCUAAGAAAGUUCAUGAAAGCAAUGACAAGUUCAUGGAAGAAUUGAUGAAGAAGUUGGACAUGAAGCAAGCAGUUAUCAUCAGUCCAUCGAUGAGUGGAUCUUUCUCCAUCCCAUUCCUCAAGUCAAAUGAAGCUGCCUUCAAAGCUUAUGUCCCAGUGGCUCCUGUUGGAACUUCCAAGAUUUCAGAUGAAGAAUAUAAUAACAUUGAGGUACCUACCCUUAUUAUUUAUGGAGAAAAAGACGAGUCGCUUGGACUGGAAUCACUGAAGGCUCUGAAGAAUCUAAAGAACAAUGAGAUAGUUAUGUUGAAAGAUGCUGGUCACGCUGCUUACCUAGACAAACCACUUGAAUUUCAUCAUCACUUCUUGAAAUUCUGUGAUAAAUACCAUACUUAAGAUCUCUAUACACUGUUGCCAAUCAAAUGCUAGGUAGAAUACCUUGUAGUAACUAAUAGAAAUAUUUUGUAGUUCAACAUCCCUUUUUUUUUUUUUUUUUUUUUGUAAUUAGUACUGUACUUAUAAAUAACACAAUAAGAAUCUGGUUUUCUUUGUACAUAAUAUGCAGAUGGUACUGUGAUUUCAAAAUAUACACAGUGAACCAAACCUUCCACAUGGCCUCAAAACAAUGAUAUUACAUGGAAUUCUGCCUAAGUCAACCUUCCAUAAGUCAAAUAUUCGCCUAAGUCAAAGUAUUUUUUUAACCAGAUUAUUCAAAACAUGUGUUAUAUCCCUUUUUUAAGUAUAAUUUUCCCCAAGUCUAUCAGAUUGCUCUGGUCCCAGGAGAUUCAACCUAGGUAGAGUUACCUGUGUACAAUCAUAUUUUAUGUUACUAAAAAUUCUGUCAGUCCUGACCCUAACUUUUUGUCUAAACUUGAACAUAAAGAGAUCUUUAAUGUAGAUAUUUCUUCUCUCCUAUGUCAGUCUGAAUUUCUUUGAAAUAAAAGAAAGGAUUGCAGUCUAAUGUAUAGAAGGCUGAAUGUCUCUUCUUUCUUCUAUCAAUAUUCACAAAUGUAAUUUUUAUAUUCUAAGAUAAAUGAAAAUAGUUACAGUAAACACUGAUUUUAUGAGAAAGUCUGUAAAUUGAGGUUAAUUGUCUAUAUAAUUUCAGAUCUGGUAGAGUUGAAUUAACUGAACUUUGUGAAAUCAUGGAAUCUAAACAAUCAGACUGAAGAUCACCAACACAGAUAAGCACAUGUGUGAUAAUGUAUUAUUGUUGUGUAGAAAAACACCUGAAAUCAUGCUUUAAUUUUUAUGCUUGUUUUGCUGAUUUCUUCUAAAAUCCUUUUGAAGAUAUUUUUUUAUUCAUACAUAUAGACAUUUGAAUGGUCAUUUGAUUGGAUUCUCUUUUUGAAAAAAUUGUUACAACUGGCAUUUUCACUUGAUGUAAAAGGUUGUUCAGAAAAGACUAACUGGUGUUAUUUAUACUGCACGACCUAUAUUUUUCUAUUCUUAACGAUAGCAGCCUUUGCUCAACCAAGUACUAAAUAUUGUCAUGCAUUUGGUUCCAUAGAGCAGUGAAGGUCUUUAGAUUUCCAUAUAUUUAUAUGAUUUGAAACAGGGAUGAACAUGCAUAAAAUCAUAUGGUAUUGCUCACAUUUUUGUACAAAAUUAGUUAUUGAAAAUAGUGGUGGGGGCUGAUUUGUGAUUGUGAUUUAGCCACAUCAAAAUAUUUGGCAAUAUGCAUGCAUGUUUAUUUUGUUGAAUUUUGGUAUUGUUGCAUUCUUGAAGUUAUCAAGAAUAAAUGAAUGAAAAUAUAUAUGAAUAUAUUUGCUCUGAUAUUAAUGUAUAAAUGUGGAUAAAUGUGUGUAAAUAUACUUAGAAUUUGUACCAGAUGAUCGAUUAUAAUAUGUAUUCAAAUAAUGUUUUAAAACUUAUAAUUUGAUGUUAUGUUGAUGAUUAUGAGGCGCCGAAUGUACCAAUAUUAUA